GGCGAUCUGGGCGCACGAGACUGCAACGCAGACGCGGCGCGGUUGUGCAAACAAACAGCAGCGGAGUCCUUGCGCGCGCCGCGUUUUCGGUUGCAUUGCAACACACUUUAGCACGAGCUAAGCCGAAGGUUUCCCGGGAAACCUUAAACGACCUUGCCCGAGCGGAAUCCAUUGAUUUCUGGGUCUCACAGCGUCACUUUCUCAAAAAAUAA